CUUCUGCAGUUCUUCAAUAUGGACACGCUAAGGUUUCUAGGAAUCUUCCUGGUCCUUUGUGGAUUGUACGCCACCCAAGCCGAAGCGGUUUGUGGAUAUGAGUCAUGCCACGAGACCAAGCCCAAUAUGAUCAACAUCCACUUGGUGCCCCACUCCCAUGACGACGUGGGCUGGCAGAAGACCGUUGACCAGUACUUCUAUGGACACCGGAAUAACAUUCAUCACGGCGGAGUCCAGUACAUUAUUACGACAGUGAUUGAGGAGCUGGUCAAGAAUCCCGAACGUCGCUUCAUUCAAGUGGAGAUGUCCUUCUUCUCCAUGUGGUGGGCCCAGCAGUCGGAAGUCACCAAGAAUAUCGUCAAGAAACUGGUGAACGAGGGUCGCCUGCAGUUCACCAAUGGAGCCUGGAGCAUGAAUGACGAGGCCAAUGUGAACUACCAGAGUGUGAUCGAUCAGUUUACCCUGGGCUUGAAGUUCCUUGAUGACAACUUCGGUUCCUGUGGCCGUCCCACUAUCGGCUGGCAAGUUGAUCCCUUUGGCCACUCCCGAGAGCAAGCUUCCAUCUUCGCCCAAUUCGGCUAUGACGGCGAGUUCUUCUCCCGCAUGGACCACAACGACAAGGACCGGAGACUGCAGGACCUAGCCAUGGAGAUGAUCUGGCAUGCCAGCGAGUCCCUCAGCGACCUUAAGCUCUUCACCGGCUUGACCUACCGCCACUACUCCUCUCCCGACGGUUUCUGUUUUGAUGUCAACUGUGGAGACGAACCGAUUAUCGAUGGAAAGAGUUACGACAACAACGUAAAGACCCGCAUCGACGACUUCCUCAGCUACGCCUCCAAGGUGGCCGCUGCCUUCAGGUCCAACCACAUCAUGAUUACGAUGGGUGGCGACUUCCAGUAUGAAGAUGCCGCACAUAACUUCAAGAACAUGGACAAACUGAUUAAGUACAUCAACGAACGCCAGUCCAGUGGCUCUAACUAUAAUAUUGUCUACUCUACCCCCGCUUGCUACCUCAACUCUGUUCACAAGAGUGGCCUUUCCUUCCCUAACAAGACCUUGGACUUCUUCCCCUUCGCUAGUGAUUCGAACAGCUUUUGGACUGGAUACUUCACAAGCCGUACCACCCAGAAACGCUUCGAGCGCGUCGGCAACCACAUCCUGCAGGUCGCCAAGGAGCUCAGUGUGUUUGCUGAUCUCCCAGCUGAGCAGCAGAAAGUAAACCUGGACAGACUUCGCUCGAUCAUGGGAGUGAUGCAGCACCACGACGCUAUCACCGGAACAGAGAAGCAGGCCGUCUCCAACGACUACGAUCGCCUGAUGUACGACGGUAUAUUGGGAGCCACCCAGACGGCCGCCGUUGCUCUGAGGAAGUUGACACCCUAUCCUAACGGAGAGUUCCAGAGCUGCCUCAACAUGAACAUCAGCGAUUGUGCCUUCACCAAGGACAACGCCGACAACCUGGUCGUAACCUUGUACAACCCUCUGGCCCACACCACCAAGCAGUACAUGCGCCUUCCCGUCAAGAACGAGAACUUCCAGGUGACCGACGACAAGGGUCGCGUGGUGGCCUCCGAGCUGGUACCAGUCUCCCAGCAGAUCAUCGAUCUGGAGUUCCGUGAAACCGACACUCAGUACGAGUUAGUUUUCAAGGCUACCGUCGACAAGAUCGCCAACUACUACGUCAAGAAGGUUGAGAGCCAAAAUGCCGCCCAGCCCCUUAAGGCCGUCAAGACCGUCAGUGGAGAGAUUCGUGAGGACGGCGAGACCAUCGUACAGACUUCGACAAUCAAACUGACGAUCGACAACAAAUCUGGUCUUCUGAAAACUGUUGAAAUGAAUGGCGUUUCUGAGAAUAUCAAGCAGAGCUACGGUGUUUACAGGACUUGGGACUCUGGUGCAUAUCUGUUCCGUCAAUACCACCAAGGUGACUUUGUAAUUCAGGAUGGAGAUGUCGAGUUCACUGUUUACGAAGGAGAUUUGGUUAAGGAAGUUCACCAAAAGUUUAGCGACUAUGUCUCGCAGGUUAUUCGCAUCUACGAAGACAGGGAGGCCAUAGAGAUUGAUUGGCAGGUCGGCCCCAUUCCUCGCGAGUCAGAUUUCGGCAACGAAGUCGUCAUCACCUUUACCAGUGAAAUCGACUCCGAAGGUGUGGUCUACACUGACGCCAACGGUCGCGAAAUGAUCAGACGCGAGAAAGACAAGCGUGAAGGAUUCACUCCCGAGCUUGAUAGACAACCCACUGCUGGAAACUACUACCCCAUCACUUCCCGUAUUGCUCUGCAGGACAGCAAGAAGCGAAUGGCCGUCCUGAAUGACCGUGCCCAGGGAGGAACUAGCAUGCAGAAUGGCCAAAUAGAGCUCAUGUUGCACCGUCGCCUCGUUCGGGACGACGACAAGGGAGUGGGAGAGGUCUUGAACGAAGAGAAGUACGGUCAGCCUCUGAUUGCCAGAGGAAAGGUCCUCCUGGUCCUCAGCCCCGCCGAUGAGUCCACCUCAGCGGAACGCGACUGGGUGAAGGAGCACCACCUGCCCCUGUGGGCCUUCUUCAGCAAGAACACUGGAAGCACCAGCUCCCCUGCCAAGUCGCUUCCCAGCUUCGAUGACUUCCCCAACUCCGUCCACCUACUCACCCUGGAACCUUUCAACGACGACGAGGUUCUCCUGCGAUUGGAGAACUAUUUGGAUCACACGGAGGGCAAAGUGGUUAGUUUGAAUAUUCGUCCCCUCUUUGACUAUCUGAACGGCGUAGAGAUUCGAGAAACCACCCUGGACGGAAACCUUCCCCUGAGCCAAAUGAAGAGAUUCAAGUUCCACGCCGAAGGUUCUGGACCUAUUCCAUCAGAGCCUGAGUACUACACCGCUUCCCAUACUCCAUUGGCUGCGAACUCUUCGCAGGAGGCAUCCGACUUUGUCGUCACCCUGAAGCCCAUGCAGAUUCGUACUUUUAUCGUUAAAUUCCAAUAA